AUGGCUGGAGCAGGUGGCGCGGUUGUUGCCGCAAGACAUGGUGGUGGUGGAUGCUCUAGUCGGGGCGGUGGGAGAGAGUGGGGAGACUAUGGUCUACAGAAGUAUGUGGACCGUUACCGGGCAGGAUCCGAGGGCUAUUACCGGCCCUUCCGUGAAGCGACCAAUGAGGUGGUCUCGGGACCCAGGGCCGAGUUGCCCGCGUCAAGGGACUACUCGCUGGAUCGUUCGGAUACUGCCGCGAAGGAACGCAAGAAGAGGGCGGAGAUGGCCAAGAUUAUCAAGAAGUAUGACAGGAACCGCACGAAGAAGUUGGAGCGGAAGCAAGUAAUCAGGCUGCUCACUGAUACCGACUUCUCCACUCCUCCAGGUACUCAACCGAAGAAAGAGUGCGUGGACUUUUUGUUCAAGCUUUGCGACACAUCCGGGGAUGGUGCCAUAGAUGCCUCCGAGCUUGAAGAGAUGCUUGCGGUGUGGCAGACAUUCACAGAGAAGCGCGAGAUCUUCGAGCAGAAGCUGAAGCAGUAUGAUACUUCAGGGAAUGGAGCGCUGUGCAAAGACGAGCUGCGCGCAUAUCUCGCGGACCUCAACGCUGGAAACCCGGUGCGCGAUGAAGAUGUAAACUGGAUAAUGAAAGCAGCAGAUGUCGUGAAGGAUGGGGAGUUGGGGUUGAUGGAGAUGUCCAUGGCCACCUCUAUUUGGUACGGACACGUAGAACAGAAAUAUCGUAGUCGGUGCUGCUCGAUUUGCUAA